AUGAUUUUUCGAUUUAAUUUAAUCUGGGUUGGCGUUAUUUUAUGGUAUAUUUUUUUUGUAUAUAUGUGCAAUUGUAUAAAAUUAAAUAACUAUAAUAAUAAACUGAUAAUCCAUAAAUUGCUGAACAUAUCUACAAAUGUAGUAUCGAGACAAAUAAAUAAAAAUAAUAAUGGAAAUGAAAUAAAAAACAAGAAAAAUAUAUUUGGAAUAAACAAUUUGAAUAAAUGUAAUAUAAUGGUUAGUUGUUAUGAUAAAGCUGGUGUUUUUGAUCAAAAUUUUUUUUUAUUAAUAGGAGAGAAAAAUAAUAUUAAAUUUGUGAAAGAACAGAUUGAAAAUAUACAUGGAAUACCAACAAAUUUUCAAGAAAUAUUUUAUGAAAACAAAAUAUUAGAUGAUAAUAUAACAAUAAAAAGCUUAAUAAAAGGAAAAAACAUUAAGUUAUUAAAUUUUCGUCUAAUUUCAAUUUUACCUCAUUUUUUCAAUGAAAAACCUGAUGAAAUAGACAAAAAAGAUAUAAAUAUGGAAAAAGAAAAUAAAAAAAUAAAAAUUUUAAAAGAAAAAUUAAAAUAUUAUGGAUGUAUAACAUUAUUUAAUGAAUAUAAAAAAUUGUUAGAAAAACUCAAAAAUAAUAUUAUAAAAGAAGAUAUUGAUAUUGUAGAAUCUUUUAAAUCUUUUGACAGAGAAUUUGAGCGUUUGUUAAAUAAUAAUAAUAUAAGUUUGGAAAAAAUAAAAAAAGAAAUACAGGAUUUAAAAUAUUUUGAUAAAAAAAAAUUAUUAUUAAGAUUGGAAGUAGAUUAUCCACAUAUGGAUAAUUUAUUAUUAAUCAGAAUAAAAGAGUUGAUUAAAUUUUAUUAUUUAGGAGAUAUACAAUCUGUAAUUAAGUUUUCACUUUUUUUUUUUAUUUUAUUUAAAUAUGCUAAUUAUCCCAAAAAAAUGAAAAACAUAUUUUUAUACUUGUCUUUACUAUUUUUAUUGGCUCCUUGUAAACCAAUAUAUAAGUUUUCCCAUUUUCUUUUUUUUUUAAUUCCUACAAAUUUCUUAUAUUCAGGAUUUACAAAUAUAUUAUCUGCAUCCUACCAGCAAAUAUUAAUGUGUCAAUAA